AUGGUAAUGCACCAGAUAGAAGCCUUGGUACAGGUAAGCUUUGAGCUAUAAUCUCUGAUCACCAGAUAAUCAGCUGAAUCUCGUCAAGAAGUCAGUAUAAUGAAGUUCUCCAUAUUAGCUUUUAAUUCACGUAAAGAGUGUUGGAAUCUUGAUUCGAAUUUAAUGCUAACCAAUACAUGUUUUGUCAGCUGUUUUGUCCUUGAUCUACAUUAGUAUAUGACAACUAGCAUGAUCUUUUAUGCUCUAACCUUUCAUUCCAGCUUUUCUACAAUAAAACUAUUUUUCAGGAUUAUCUUUUACAUUUACUUGUUAAUAACACUUUAAGUUAUUGACAGCUGUGUAUGAUACUUUUCUGGAUCUGCUUCUUUUUGCAUUAAUUCAAUCCCUUUCAUUCCUAAUAAUAGGCAAUGUAAAUAAACUCACAAAAAUUCAAAAAUCCUUUUUGUAAAUUCUUGGGAAAUAAAUAACACCACGUAAAAGUUUUGUCAGAGAGUUUUUAUUUGAAUGGUAACCCCACAGAAUAUCAUCCAUAGAUUUAAAAGUUAGAACUACAUACUAAAUAAAUAGUACCAUGUGAAGGUACUGCUGAAGAGGUUUCAAUUGAAUGGUAACAUCAUAGGAUUUUGUCCAUAGGUUUAAAAGUUAGAGUCAACAAAUAAUCUUGGCAUACUUUGGUUUAGGAGUAAAAAUGUUGAGCAAAGUUCGUUAGUUAACAUGACUUUUUUUCUAAAUUUACUUCUCCUUUAAGGCUGGUGUAAAGCAUAUCAUCCUUGCCGUCAGUUAUCGUGCAGAGAUGUUAGAAAAAGAGAUGAAACAACAACAGGACAGGGUGAGUUUAUUACAAUUUUAGCUCUCUUAACUCUGUUAUUGUGUUGUUAUAGAACUGUGUUGGUAUUGCUGACAGUAGGCGAUAGGCUAGUUCUGAUCAACUCCUCGAUUCUCCUUUCAAUUUUCUUGUUGAAUAAGAAGAGAAAUCAACAUAAAAUCAAACUGCAUUUACACACAACAAUCAUUUUUUUUUCAUGAAUCCUUCGAGUGAGUAGCUCUCUAGCCAUGGUUUAUAUUUCCUAGGCUAGCAGUGUUAUUUUUAACACUGGAUUUUACCAAAAAGUCUUGUAAUUUCCACAAUUUGUACAGCGUACCAAUAAUUUGUUUUCUUUUCACAGUUAGGAAUUACAAUCACAAUCUCACAAGAAAAAGAGCCUCUGGGCACAGGUAAGUUAAUUUGUUGCAUCUCCAGAAGAAAAAUACUAACUGGAAAGAAGAUUGAUGCAAACCACAUGUGCUAUUUAUUAUUUCCACUUUCUACAAGACAGAAAAUUCUCAGAUGUUCCUGUUUGUUCAGAAAAUGGAUAAUAUAGUCCACUGGAUAAAUCACUGUGCAGCAGAUAAGACUUACGAAAACAAUUGCAUUACCCAGUGGAUAAAGAUUGUUUGUCCAGUGAAUGGCAGCAUCCAUCUUUUCAUCAACUUGGGCCUGGUCACCCAGCCAGUCUCUCUAAUAAGCCCACCGAGGAGGACCUACAUAAGGUGACCCACUCCCCCCCCCAAUCUUCUGCAACCAAGAUCCACCAAGGCUUUACGCGACACAUGAGUACCGAUAGAAGAUUCUGCUACUCCUAUGUUUACAGCUUGAUCUUUUUUAUAUUUUCAGCGGGUCCUCUGGCUUUAGCAAGAGAUCACUUGACAGUAGACGAUGAGCCUUUCUUUGUCUUAAAUAGUGAUGUAGUGUGUGAUUUCCCUUUCAAGCAAAUGGCAGAAUUCCACAAGAAUCAUGGAAAAGAAGGCACUAUUGUUGUGAGCAUACACAGUUUUGCUAAUUAUUGUUUCUGCAUUAACACAAACUAUAUUUUACAGUUAGAUGCUGCGCAUGCCAAUGGUUAAAGAAAUUAAUGUUAAUAUUAUUGCCAGUUUAGGGUAAUGGUUUGAAUUGUUACAUUUUAAAUGCUCUUUAGGCUGCAGAGAAAUUCAGUAUUACUACUAAUGCCAUUCGAGUAAGCUGUUGCUAGCAUUUACCAGGCCAAGGGUCCUUUUAACUAUAAUUAUGCAAUCGGCGACAAAAUUAGUUGAGACACUUUGCCGCUUUCCAACAUUUUACCAAAUUCAAAAGGGGAAAAUAAAGCUUUUGCCUCCACUCCCUCCACACAAUGUUGUGCGGCUGUUCAAGCUACCUGUAGAAAACAACAAACACCCCAACUUUGAAUGGAGGGGAGGGCAGAGGGGUGUGGAUUCUUUUGUUCUCUGAAGUUAGCCUAUUUGAGUACAGUGCUUGGAAAAAAUUUUUGAUGAGCCGGGUUGGUGACAGUUCUUCUGUAAUUUGAAUUCCAACCCCCAAAAAACGUCAUUUGCCAACUGGGCAAGUUAAGAACAAAAUUCACAGCUCCACAGCAAAAUUCACUAGCUGUUGGCUAUUGGAUACGCCUUUCUUUGCAUGCUGGCUUUUCCAAUAUUAGCAUUAGCACAAGUUAGUGAUCUUUUAAUCACAAAAUUAAUAGUACCCCUUUGUAAACUGUGUUUUGCACUGAAAUCAGAGCAUUGUUCUCUUACAUAGCUUGGCUGUUUCUGUUGCUUUGAAACAGGUAACAAAAGUUGAGGAACCAUCCAAGUAUGGUGUUGUUGUGUAUGAUUUAAAAACAGGACGGAUUGAUAAGUUUGUUGAAAAGCCUCAAGUGUAUGUGUCAAACAAGAUUAAUGCAGGGCUCUACAUUUUCAGCCCAAAGAUUCUUGAUAGAAUUGAGGUGGGUUUACUUGUAUCUUUAGUUGUACUUAUUCAUGCGUAUCAGUCGAGGACUCAAAAUAAAACUGCCAGUCGUGUUGACUGGCCAAAGAAAUUCUAGUCUGGUUAUGUUUUUCUUCUGACUGGUCAAAAUGUUUAAAAUAACACGAUUGUAUGUCCUAACAAGCAAAAACAGAAAGUGAAAAAAGAUGCUUGUCCUCUUAAAAUAUUAUGAACCCUUACUUACUUAUGUGUCUUUCAAAAUGACAGACAAACCAUACUUUUUGUCGAGGCAAAUGGUCAUCUUGCCCGGACAUUGUCAGUUGACUGGCCCUUAUUUUGAGCCCUGUAUUCAAUGGCAAACCUCUCUAAACAAACUCUGAAACAAACCCUCUGUUGUAAAGAGGAAUCUGUUGGUCCUCAACAUAUUAAACGUACUACCAAUUCUUCUUUAAGGAAACCGAUAUAGUGUCUGCAGACACUCCGGUGUGACCCCAUAAAGCCUGUAUUGAGGGCAACUGAAUCACUAAGCACCUCAAACAAAAUACAGUUGUGUCCCUCAACCAACAGCACAAAACAAUUAGAUAUGGAAGUUAGUGAAAUAUUAUCCAGCUCUAUUGUAUUGUAAGUUAAAAAUAAAUGUUACAUGAAUGGAAAAAAAAAAGGAAAAUGAAUUUUUCGCACUUUUCUCAUGAACGUCAAAAUAUGGGAUAAACACUGAGGGACUGGUUUAUUUGGGAUAAGGCUGGACCCAUAUUGAAAUAAUGCUGGGCAAUAUUAUUUAGAUAGUUGAUAAGGUGAAGCAAGUAUAUUAUAUUUUUCUUGCUGUUUGUUUUGCGACACAGCUGAGACCAACGUCCAUAGAAAAGGAGAUUUUUCCAAAGAUGGCUCAAGAUGAUAAUCUGUUUGCAUUUGACCUUUCAGGUAGGUAUACUUCAACAUAGACUAUGUAGCUGGUCUAUAAAUGGAAAGGGAUAGUCACAUGAGUCCAUCGUAUUCUUGUGAGUGUUAGUUGCCCCUUUCCAUCUUUCCCCUUCAAAGCACGUCUAAGUUUGCAGUGGAGGACAGAGGGGUGGGAGCUUGGGAAAAUAGGGGAGGGGAAGGGGUGUGGGAGGUAUGGAGGAAAUGGGGGGAGGGAGUUCUGAAAGGGUGAGAAGCAGGAGAAAUAGGGAGGGACUUAAACUCAACAAUGCUUGAUAUUUAGCAAUCAAAAAAGGUUGAAGGGAGGUAGCCAAGAAAAAAAGGGGUACGGGAGGAGGGAGCUUUGGACCCCACCCUGUCUCCCUGGCCCCCCUCAACAUGAAGACUAGAUACCUUAUUCAUUUGCUAAUAAUUAUGUUGUUGUUGUUGUUGUUGUUGCAGGGUUUUGGAUGGAUGUAGGGCAGCCGAAAGACUUCUUAACAGGCAUGGUUAUGUACCUACGAUAUUUGAGAGAAAAACAUCCAGAACUCCUCCACGAGGGACCUGGGAGUAUUGGCAAUGUGCUUGUGGUAAGUUGUUAGAUGGCCAUCUUGAAUCCAUAAAUCCUUCUUUAUCAAUUUAAUUACUCAGGCAGGUAAGGUUUUAUUUGUACAACUAUUCUAAAAAUCUAUUGUAAUAUCUUCCAUGUGUAGUCAACAGUUACCAGCACUAGACUUAAGCAAAACUAACUACAAGAGAAUGACUGGACAAUUUGACUAACAAUACACAACUGUUUAACUGUCAGAGUAGAUGGAUUGAAAUGCACCAAUGACAUUACGAGUCUUCAUAGCCAAUAACGUCGAUCUCGGCCUAACUGACAGACGACCAAUAACGUCGGGACUUAAUUGACUAAUCAGGUCAUUAACCAGAGUUUAAUCAACUGAUGUGAUACAACUCACUUUGGCUUUGAAGAUGACUAUCACACAGGUUGUCAAAACCUCAGUCACUGUCAUCAACAGUCCUAUUCAGGACUAUGUUCACCCGUACGAUCAUACUCAACCUACUUGUUCCUUUUUGCUUAUCCAGGAUCCUAGUGCUAAAAUAGGAGAGAACUGUAGAAUAGGACCUAAUGUAGUCAUUGGUCCAAAUGCUGUCAUUCAGGAUGGUGAGUAUUGUUAAAAGUUACCAACAUCAAUUUAUUUUCUCCUAACAGGGUCUGGGAGGGGUUUCGCGUGAUCCAUGCAUUGACCGGUAAACAGAGUGUGAAGCGGGAAAACUUAUGAAAUACAGCCGUGAUUCGUGAAUUAUAUAUUCACUGUGACGCGUCAUCCUCUAACAUUGUAGUCCAUGAAUCGAGAUUUCUACUGAUAAAACAGAUGUAAGUGUCGUGACGAAGGUUCGAAGUGAAACCAUGUAAAAGUGAAGAAUUGUAGUGCUUCGAUUUUAUAGCACUAAAUUCAUUGCCAGUCAACUUUUGAGUAGUCAAACAAAAGGCAGUGAAUCGCCAGUUUGAUCCGCACCAUACUUUAUGUUUCCUUCCCAACACGGGGUCAUUUAAGACCAACUCUUGCCUUAAUGGUAGUCCAGUUUGGAGAAUUCUUUGCUUAAAGUGUUUAAAAUGUGUUGGCUAAACUUACCUUUUUUAUUUUACAUUCUGGGGACCAAAGUAACAUUUUGUAUUCCAAAUGAGUCACGGUAUUUGAUGCACUUGAAGUUAGGUUGCCCAGACUUGGUCUAACAUUGACUCUGAUCUCUGCUGGUAGCAAAAGGAUUGCGAACAACGCAACAAGGGCAUGAAAUCAGAACACUUUGUCACAUCAACUACUUUCUGCAGUAGACAGAAGUCACUAUUCCUGUACAUACAAAUGUCUUAUUAAGACCUUUUUGCUUUGUCGAACGCAUCGUUUUCUUGCUGAUUUGUUCAUCAGGGGUAUGUCUUUCACGCUGUACAAUAAUGCAAGAGUCAGUCAUAAGAUCUCAUUCAUGGAUUCAUUCUGCAAUUAUUGGUUGGAAGUCAGUUGUUGGACAAUGGGUAGGUUAUUUAUUUGUGUUUCACGUACACAGCAAUAAAUUGAAUUAAUUGAAAAUAGAUUAGUUUAAAAUAAAAAGUUUUAAAAUCAUCAUCAUUCCUACCAUCAUCAUCAUCAUCAUCAUCAUCAUCAUCAUCAUCAUCAUCAUCAUCAUUAAUAUUGUUACCAUCAUCAUCUCCCUUAGCGCCAUUCACCGUUGUGAUUAACAUUGCUAUCGUCCUUACCUGAUUUCACUUCUUCUUUAUCUUCCGACACUCUUAUGUUAUACGGGACGAUUUCAGUGCAACACAGCUUUGCAACUUUCAUUUGUUACGACGUUGUUUUGAAUUGUGACUCCAUUGUUCCAACAUUGUUGUCCUAAAAAUCUUCGUUGCAAAUUGACUCAUGUAACAAUAAACAUCGCCUUCAGGGAAUUGGCCGGGCACUACGAAUAUCUUGCAACAGGAUCGACCUUUUGUAUUUCCAUUGAUGCUAAAGUAUGUUACUAGCUUGGAAAUAUGUAAAAAUUGAUAUUCUUGCAAUCUCCACCUAAAAUCCUGCUUGGAGAUCUCGCUUUCUUUUAGUGAAUAUUUACCUUUUGUUUCCCUGGAGCACACAAUCGGUUAUAAAAAUUUCUGCUUGUUUUCCGUAGGUUCGAAUGGAAGGAGUGUCUGUGCUAGGAGAGGAUGUCAUAGUAAAAGAUGAAUUAUAUAUCAACGGUGGAAGAAUUCUUCCGCAUAAAUCCAUAUCGAACUCCUCGCCAGAGCCGCAAAUUAUCAUGUAA